GACACCACCCUCUUCGACAAUCCCCCAUCCACGUUCGCAGGAAGUGCAGUCAGCCCAUUUCCAGCAGUCAAAAUGGCCCGCCGUCCUGCCCGUUGCUACCGCUACUGCAAGAACAAGCCCUACCCCAAGUCCCGGUUCAACCGUGGUGUUCCCGACCCUAAGAUCCGUAUCUACGAUCUGGGACGUAAGAAGGCCAGCACUGAUGACUUCCCUCUGUGCGUUCACCUCGUCUCCAACGAGUACGAGCAGCUUUCUUCCGAGGCUCUCGAAGCCGCUCGUAUCUGCGCCAACAAGUACCUCGUGAAGAUCGCCGGUAAGGAAGGUUUCCACCUCCGUGUCCGCGCCCACCCCUUCCACGUCAUCCGUAUCAACAAGAUGUUGUCGUGCGCCGGUGCCGAUCGUCUCCAGACCGGUAUGCGUGGUGCCUUCGGUAAGCCCCAGGGUUCCGUUGCUCGUGUCAACAUCGGCCAGAUCCUUCUGUCCGUCCGUACCCGUGACGCCAACCGUGCCGCUGCUAUCGAGGCUCUCCGCCGCUCCAUGUACAAGUUCCCUGGUCGCCAAAAGGUCAUCGUCUCCAAGAACUGGGGUUUCACCCCCGUCCGCCGCGAGGACUACGUCAAGCUUCGCCAGGAGGGCAAGAUCAAGCCCGAUGGUGCCUACGUCCAGUUCCUGCGUGGUCACGGUCUCGUUGAGGAGAACAUGAAGCGCUUCCCCAGUGCCUAUGAGAAUGUCUCUGCUUAGAUUGAUUUCCUGCAAGAGCGUUAAUUUGACGUACGGGGGGGGUUAGAACAGGGAAAUAAUAAAUUGAAUAGGUUUUGACGUUUCCUUGUUGUUCUUCCCCGUGCGAAAUCACGGGCGGAGUUGUUUCUACAUCUUUUUCGAGGGUUAUUGGGCUUGUUUCUUUCAUUCCCCCUGUUGUCUCCUGUCUGUCAUCUACGACAAAAAUAUGACCAUGACCUGCAAUGAACCGGUAGUCUUGGCCGUGCGAGUAAUAAGUAAAGUAAUUACUUAUACCAUGUGUAUAGGUGGAAUGGAAGUCUACUACGGAGUACCACGUCCCCCAUUGGGCCGCAUGCGGGUCUCGUAGCACUAGUACUGCCACCACGAUCUUGGUAUCACUCACUGCAUGGAAACCGCCGUUAUGCUUUUCAGGGCAGUGAUAGUGAUCACGUGCCAGGCAUCGGAUCUUGUCUUUGUAGGAUACCAACAUCUACAUCUGUAACGGUUCCUGUGGCCUUAUCCGGCUAUUAGCACUAGUAUCUACUCCUCCAUAGCAGCCGCGGAUCGUGGAUUCCCAGGACGCGAAAUCCUUCGCAAUUGCGCUUCAAUCAAGCAGCCCUUCCAUCUGAGAUGCCUGCCCGUUUCCCACUCCCCACUUACAAAAACAAGCCUCUCCUAGUAAAGAUGGAGGAAUGAAU